GCGGUGCAAGCUACUGUUUGAUAGAGAUGAUGGGCAUUUGUUCCUCCUUGAAAGCAAAAUCCUGAAUUAGGUUUAUCGCUGCUCAGUUUCUAUCUAUUUCCCUUUCAAAUUCUCUCUCUUUCUUUACCAAACCAGUAAGCAAGGUACGUUCAGACUCACCGAUCCAAUGACCUCGAAGCUACUUGCUUCUAAUCUCCGUCACCACCUCACAAGAUCCGCCCGCAUCCUCUUCCGCCGCCAACCGCUUUCAACUGCGACAGCAGCGGCGCCGGACUCGCCCCAACCCUAUGAAGACGCCGCGGGAAUCACGAUGAAAGGGGUGAAAAUCUCCGGUAGACCGCUUUACCUGGACGUGCAAGCGACCUCACCGGUGGACCCUCGCGUGCUGGACGCCAUGCUCCCCUUCUUCCUUUCUCGCUACGGAAACCCUCACUCUCGAACACACUUCUACGGUUGGGAAUCCGAUGAGGCUGUUGAGCGAGCACGUUCUCAGGUUGCGGCCCUUAUAGGCGCUUCCCCCAAAGAAAUAGUGUUUACCUCAGGGGCAACUGAAUCCAACAACAAUGUCACUUAUCUUCCCGUUGAGUCUGAUGGUUUGGUUGAUUUGGAGAAGCUUAGGGCUGCUAUUAGGCCUGAUACCGGUCUUGUUUCUGUGAUGGCUGUCAAUAACGAGAUUGGGGUGGUUCAACCUGUUGAGGAAAUUGGGAAGAUUUGCAAGGAAUUCAAUGUUCCUUUUCACACUGAUGCAGCUCAGGCUUUGGGGAAGAUUCCUAUUGAUGUUGAAAAGUGGAAUGUGAGUUUGAUGUCUCUGAGUGGACAUAAGAUUUAUGGACCUAAAGGUGUUGGGGCUUUGUAUCUUAGGAGGCGGCCGAGGAUUCGUGUCGAGCCUCAGAUGAACGGUGGUGGACAAGAGAGAGGGAUUAGGAGUGGGACUGUGCCUACCCCUUUGGCCGUGGGGAUGGGUGCAGCUUGUGAGUUGGCAAUGAAGGAGAUGCAGUAUGAUGAGAAGAGGAUUUCCAUGUUGCAGGAGCGGUUGCUUAAUGGGAUUAGAGACAGGAUUGAUGGGGUUGUGGUGAAUGGAAGCAUGGAGAGGCGCUAUGCUGGGAAUUUGAACUUGUCCUUCGCUUAUGUUGAAGGGGAGAGUCUUCUUAUGGGGUUGAAGGAGGUUGCUGUAUCUAGUGGCAGUGCCUGUACCAGUGCAAGCUUGGAGCCUUCUUAUGUGUUGAGAGCAUUGGGUGUGGAUGAGGACAUGGCUCACACUUCCAUUAGGUUUGGGAUUGGUAGGUUCACCACAGAGAAGGAAAUUGAUAGGGCGGUUGAACUCACGGUUAAGCAGGUGGAGAAGUUGAGGGAGAUGAGUCCACUUUAUGAAAUGGUGAAGGAAGGUAUCAACAUCAAAGAGAUUCAAUGGGCACAGCACUGAUUAUCAGGGAAGUUCAUGACUUAAUUGGAUUCAUAUAUAGCGAGCUGAAUGAAUUGGACCUGGAUAACAUCCCUUCGGAGAUAGCUAAAUAUGUGUGCUGCUCAACCAUAUAAAUAAUCGUUGAUCACCCAGGUUUUUGGCGCCCUUCCAGACUCGUUUCGAGAAUCACAAUAGGUAAUUUAGGAUGAAACAUGCUCUUAAAUGGUUAUGUAUAAUAAUACCUUUCUAGGAUUGCUUACAUUUCUUGGCACGCCUAUAUUACUUUGUCAUAUUGGAAUGAACACUUAUGCUCAUACCCAUUUUCUAGUUUUGUUUUAUUGUUUUUGUUCAUUGUUAAUCUUAACACGUAUGCCAACUACAUAUUGUGUUUCUUGUAUUGAAUGCAUUUUGCUCUCAGAAUACUGAACUAGACAAUGAUAGUUGAAUAAAGCAUAUGGUUUGUAUGCUAUCGACAACCUUCAA